CGUAAAAGUUCGGUUUUUUGUUCUAAUCUUUCCACAUGCUGAAUGGCUCCACAAUCUAAAGGUGAUUUCUUUCGCCGCCGCCGGGAAGAAAAAUCGAGUUUUGCGGGUGCCGUUGCGACGAUGAUAAGGUAAAAAGACGACUCUCCAUUCGGUCGAAUCGAACCAGAUGCCAGCGUACGCCGUGACGGGGAGAGAGAGACAGAGACGUCACGGCUGGCCUUUGCUGAGACACUAUUGAGAUCGGGAACUGCCCCUUCUUCUUUAUCUCGUCCACCCUCUUCCGUCCGUUCGUUCGUUCGUUCGUUCUCGAUUCAUCCCUUCCCCACCCCUUUUUUCCUACAAAGGGAAGGGAAUUCAUCCCUGGGAAGAACACCACUUCCCUCCGGCCGCCGCCGCCGCCGCCGCAUGGUGGCGAGCAACCGAGUUCAAUGAAACCCCACCACCAAGAAUUGCGGCGCUUGAUCUCUUCCUCCUCUUCUUCUUCUUCUUCUUCUUCUUCUUUGGCAAUUUGAUGAGCGCUCUUAUGUGCAAGACCAAAAUGGCGGUGGAAGCGACGGAGCCCGCGAGAAGACCACCCUCCUCCUCCCCGAGAAGACCACCCACCUCCUCCCCGCGACUCUCCGCGUCGCAGACCACCAGAUUUGCCCCCGCCUCCUCCGACCCCUCCCCCUCCGCCUCCUCCAGCGGCGGCUACUACACCUCCACCUCCUUCCCCAAGCACUCCUCCGUCACCGGCACCAGCACCGGCACCGGCAGCUCCUCCCUCUCCGGCUUCCGCCACUCCCUCCCGGACAACCCCGUCAUCUACGACUUCUCCGAGCUCCGCUCCGCCACCAACAACUUCCUCGCCAAGCCCCGCCACUCCUCCUCCUCCUCCUCCUGCUGGCGCUGCUCCCUCCGCGGCAAGGACGUCAUCGUCUUCCGGCGCAAGUUCCGGCGCAAGAUCGAGAUGGGCAGCCUCAAGGAGCUCCUCGGGAUGAUCUGCCGGAGCCACCUGGUCAGCAUCGCGAAGCUGCUCGGCGCCUCCGUCUCCGGCGACAACAUCUUCUUGGCCUACGAGUUCGUCGACGGCGCCAGCCUCUCCGAUUGCCUGCGGAACCCUAAGAUUCCCAAUUUCACGGUCCUCGGGACCUGGAUGUCGAGGAUGCAGGUCGCCGCCGACGUCGCGCACGGCCUCGAUUACAUCCACAACAACACCGGCCUCAACAUGAUCCUCGUCCACAAUCACAUCAAGAGCAGCAGCGUCCUGGUGACGGAGCCGUCGUUCAGGGCCAAGAUCUGCCACUUCGGCACCGCCCAGCUGUGCGGCGAGGAGGACGAGAACGACGAGGGGGCCGGGGAGGGGCCAUCGGCUUCGCCGCGGCUGAAGCGUUCGGACAGCCGGAGAAUGCAGUUCGAGGGGGCCCGAGGUUACAUGUCGCCGGAGUUCCGGGUCACCGGCGUCGCGACCCAGAAGUCCGACGUCUACUCCUUCGGGGUCGUGCUCUUGGAAUUACUAUCAGGUGAAGAGCCGUUCAAGUAUAAAUACGAUAAGGAGAGCCGGGAGUUCGUGAGGACGUCGAUCAUCGACACCGCGAGGGCGGCGGUCGAUGGGGACGGAGGCGGCGGGGCGGAGGGGAGGCUGAGGAAGUGGGUGGACCGGCGGCUGAGCGAUUCGUUCCCGGUGGAGGUGGCGGAGAAGCUGGUGCGGCUGGGGCUGGAGUGCGUGGAGGCGGAUCCGGACCGGAGGCCCGACAUGAGCCGGGUCGAAGGGAAGGUGUCCAAGCUGUACAUGCAAUCCAAGAGCUGGUCCAACAGCAUCAAUGUCCCCACCAACAUAUCGGUCUCGAUCGGACCCCGAUGAGGUCCGUGACGAAAUCCCUUUUGGCUGCUGCUAUGGGGAUGAUCGAUCGAUCGAUCGAUCGAUUGAUUUUUGUUCCUGAUUAAAUUUAAAAUCGAAUUGGAAAUUUUAUUCUUAUCGGCUCCUUGAUUCUUGAAGGCUAAAUCGGUCUUCGUGUGGAUCUUUUCUUUUUAAUUAAUUUUUCUUUUGGAUGGUGGCGGUGGAGGAAUUUUGCAGUGGGGGUGAUGUGACGGGACUGGAUUUUUGGGUCCUACGACCGUCUGAGUUUGAACGUGACUGGGUUUAAUUCUUGGAGGAAUUGGACAGGGAAUUUGGGUUCGGAUGGGAAUUGGAGAAUUAUAGUUUAAGUUAGUUUCGUGGGUCGAUUCCUUAUUGAACUACGUUUGAAUGAUUGAUUAUUCAUGUAAAAGAAAUGUUUUUUGUUGACAGAGUGGGUGAGUCGUGCAAGCUAAGGUAGGCAUCUCAUCGUACAUUCUUCUUCUUAAUUAUAUCAAUUACUUUUAGGCG